ACAAAAUGUGUUUUUAAACUAUUUCAGGUCUUAAACAAGCUGCUGAAUGGAAACCAUCAAGUGUGUGCUAGUUGGAGAUAAAGCUUCAGAAAAGACCUGUCUUCUAAUCACCUUCACCACCAAUGCCUUCCCCAAGGAGUACAUCCCAAAUGUGUUUGACAACUACAUCUCAACUGUCAUGGUGGAUUCCAGACCCUUCACCCUUAAGCUGUGGGACACAGCGGGUCAGGAGGACUUUGACCGACUCCGUCCCUUAUCCUACCCACAGACUAAUGUCUUUAUUAUAUGUUUCUCCAUCUCUGACCCAACCUCUUAUGAUAAUGUCAAGCUUAAGUGGUAUCCUGAGGUUUCACAUCACUGCCCUAACGUACCCUUCCUGCUGGUGGGCACAAAAAUGGAAGAGCGAGAAGAUCCAACAGUUUUAGAAGAACUAAAAGAGCAGAAAUUGACUCCUAUCACCAAGCAGCAGGGGGAGACCCUUGCUCAAGAAAUUGGAGCCAUAAAAUAUUUUGAAUGCUCGGCUCUACAGCAAGUCGGAGUCAGGGAGGUAUUUGUGGAGGCGGUUCGUGCCUUCCUGAUAGCAAACGCAAAUCCUGUCCCUCCUAAACAAUGCUGUAUGCUGUUAUAAGAAAAUGUGAUUAGUUGACAUCUCCAUGCAUUUGUCCACACAUGCAUUCUUUCAUAAUAUCUUGGGGUGUGAUGCAAUGCUAUGGAAAAUAUCGGCGAAUGGUUACUGUUUCUAUAUCUAUAUAGAUAUUUUAUUGUAAAUAUUUACUGAUACUAAUACAGGUAAUUAAUUAAUUAAUUAAUUAAUAUGUAUAAUAUGUAGAAAUAUAGUAUUUAAAACUGAAACAUAGCAUUUUGAACUGGAAAAACAUCAUUAUUUAGUUAUCAACUAAAUUCUUAUAAACUUGUCCAACAUCACAACAACAGCUUCAAGUAAAAUUGUUAUUAAUUGUUAUAUUCAUCUUAUAAAAAAAGUUUUAAAGGAGGAAGCAAGGGCAGUAACAGCAGAUCCACAACAAAAAUAAGAGGGCUAGGCAAGAGAGAAAACUAGGAACAGAAAUAGGUCAGUAACAAGAGGUCAAGAGAGCAAGGAAUUGCACUGUAACAGAGCUAGGUAAACUAGGUAAUACUCGGCAGGGAACACAGGGAACAGAGAACUAUUUAUAGGGGUACACACAGGCGACAGCAAUUAGCAGUCAGUAGGUAGGCAAGCCAAACUUUGCAAAGUCACAUGAUCAGCCGAGUCAUUGUAGUGCAUUGACAGGGAAAGCUGGGAAAUAUAAUUUUUAGGGGAAACUUUGUGAUGAACAGGCAGACGGAUAGAGUCAGGAUUUUUUCUUUUAUUAAAAUUCACAUGCCUCCACUGCCCUCUGCUGUUGAGGUGAUUACAGUGUUACAGUAGGACUGGGUCCAGCACAGUUAACACAUGGGUGUUUAGUCUUACCCACAAACGGCUGGUGUUGCUGCAGGUUUUCAUUCUAUUCCCAGCCAUCACUAGAAUACUCUGAAAAGACUGAAGAUAAAGUCUGACACUCUCUCAUAUCUAAAGACAGUUUCUUAAUACUCUGCAAAACUGAGAAUCUUACAGGGUCUCUAGUUAUGGCUGCAUAUUGCAAAGUUUAAGAUUUAUACAGAAAGUAUUGAUCUUACAUAAAUAUGUGUAGGGGGGUACCCUGGAAAUAUCCAAAACCAGUUUAGGUACUGGCAAUUGCAUUACCUGGUAUUUGUUUUACAAAUAGUCUGCA